AUGCGUUUCACAAUAUACUUCAUCGGCGUGAUUGCUUCUCUACAAGCUAUCGCGUUUGCUGCUCCAAUUGAAAAUAAAGCUAUUGCCAGAGAUGAUGCAGUCGACGCCAGUGAAGGAUGCUCUGCAGAUGCGCCUGUAGCAGAAGGGACUGUCAAUUCUAGGGAUACACAGCGGAGGUGCAUUAUUUGA